AUGAUGACUGAUAGAGUCCGACGCAACGGGCAACUUUCUGCAUGUGAGCCAUGCCGCAAGUCCAAACUUCGAUGCGACCACAGUCGACCAAUAUGCGGGAGGUGUGCUCGGCGCCGCCGGCCACAGCAACAAUGCCACUACCACCCAGCUCCGACAGCGAAACAGGCCACGCCCCAAAGCGACCGGGAGACAGCCGAUCAAUCGGAGGUUCCUGGGUCUAUCGAAAGGGCUUCAAGUCCUUACGAGCUGAUCAAUAUGAACAAGAACUUGAUGUCCUUUGCUGAUUCGAGUACUCCUCGCCCGCACCACUCUUAUACGGCCCUGACAAGCACUGGUGUAGCCCUACCUCAGCCUUGUCCACCUAGUCAACAAACAAUUUCCGAAGGAGCAACAUUAUUGAGCGACAUUUUGGAACUUGUCAAUGAAAUUGGCGAGCCUUUCCAAAGCUUCUCGAUGCCUGAGACAGAGCCAUGCAUUCAUGGCCCUCUUGUCAAGGCAGUAUGGACCACAACGAACAACAGCAUACAAGCUUUGUUAAGUAAUCGCUCGGCUCUGGAUCUGGCAUCGAUAUCCGAAGCCAUAUUUGAUCGAACCUCAUCGCCUCCUGUCUUUCCUCCCAACCCAGCUUCUGGUGCAUUGGAAUCAGCAUUUUCCGUGCAAGCUUUGCGCUGGGAGAUGAUUGGCUUGUACUGUGCCCAGAUCGGGGUUUACCUUGGCGAAGAAAAGGACCGGUCCUUCAGCUUGUCCGCCCACGAAUCGUGGAAAACAGAUCGCAAAACGCUAAUGCACAGGGCCUUUCAAGCUUGUAUCCAAUGUGAAUCGUUUUGCGGCUCUAUGGGAGCCAUCAACGAUCUUACUCUAUGGUUCAUCAUGCUGACAACCCUGCUCGCCACGUGGUGCUUUGGUGACGACUCGUACCAUGCAUUGCGGCUCGUGGGCAGCAUGUCAUCAGUCGUUUUUGCCUUGGGUUUCUACAAAGGAGUCCAGAACGAUCCUUCUGUGCCAUUUUAUAUGACGGAGAUUCGGAAAAGGGCAGUCGCCUGUGCACAUGAUCUCGACAAAGUGUGUGCUAGUUUCACGUCGCGGCCUGUUCAUCUUAGUCGUCACUUUUGUGUAAUCGAAUUACCCCUCGAUAUUGCAGACUCUGCUCUUAUGGGUGAACCUGAAAUGCUCCUCAAAGCUCGCCAGAAUUUAGAUGCCGAUGGCUGGAGUAAAGAUAAGGCCGUACUUCCUGUCUCCGUUUCGAGAGCACGACUUUUGUUAUCUAUGCUUCGUGAAGAAGCUCUAGAGCUAAAACUUGGGCCUGCAGCGUCAAACCUUGAGGCGAAGGCAGGGGCAGACCAUGAAUGGGCUUUAGUUUUCUAUGCCAUGCCCUGUGCCAGCGUUCUAGUCUUGGAGCUUCUGCGACAAAGUCAACAUCCUGUGGAACAAUCAAGCAUCGACAGAAGCAGCGUUAUCCAAGAUAUCAGCGUUUUGAUAACAUGUUGCGAUUCUUGGGCCGAGUGUGGGCAAAGCAACUAUCAAAUCUGCAAGCAGGCCCAGUCGAUCUUUUCCAAAAGUCUUGAUUCAAUCCUAAACAAUACCGAGCCUAUCAAUAGAGACAGGUCUGAAGGACUGGCGACACGUCAACACGAGCAUCAAAACGAGCUUACAGGUUUCAUAAGUCCAGAGAUUCUUAAUGUAGCUGCUCAGGAUUCUGAGUGGUUGGUGUGGCUCGACUCACUUGGCUUACAAGGGGACCUAUGGCUCGACUCUAACAUUCCAACCUUGGAAAUAUCGUGA